UAUGUUAUGAUGGUCUGUGGUUCUAACCUGUAACAAAACAUUAAUAAUAUAAUAAUAUUAUUUUAUUUUGUUCUAAACUAAACGAUAUAAUGAUAUAAUGCAUGGGAUAUAUUAAUUUUUAUAUGAUCGAUUUUCAGUUUCGUUGAAGUCGUCAAAGUAAUGCUUAUUAAAUAUUAAUAUAAUGGAAAAGGAUAAUUAUGAAGAAAGUGAAAAUAAAACUGGUUUAGAUUUCCUUUCAAAUAAUGUUAAUGUUUCCGAGUUAGAUGAAGAAACUAAUACUAAGCUUCGUGGAGAUGCAAUUGGGGAGACUUUGUAUAGCCAGUCAUUUGUGCUGAAGACUUUAUUGCAGUUUUCCGAUUUGAAAUGGGAUGAAGAUUUGGAGGAAGACUUGUGUUUUUUAUGGGACAUGACUCUUGAGAAGGAUGUAUGUAAAUACUUAUUUGAAAUAUCAUUUCCCACUGUAGCUUGUAGCGCUUUGGAAAAGUACACAGAAAACCGAUUUAUUGAAAUAGUUAUAGGAAUUUUAGCAAAUAUUUUAUGUGGCGAUUGUAAGAAAAGUAUAUCAGAAGAUGAAGUAAACAUUGUAUUAAGAGAAUUAAAUACUGACGACCAUUUAAUUUUAAUACAAGUUAUUAGGUUCAUAAUCGCACUGUCUCAUAUGUAUAAUGAUUUACAGUUUAUUUCUAAAGAUGUAGUUGAUAAAUUAAUAUUUAUAUUGAAUAAUUCUACAAGUAACGAUUUGCUGACAAAGUCACUUGAAGGUUUGUCUGAAGUGAUGAGUGACUUUAAGUUAGAUAGGAGUCUCAUAAACAUAGAAAUUAUCAAAUCAAGUUUAACGGCAUACAAAUCGGUCGUUGAUGAUUUAGAUGAAUUUAGUUUGGACACUAAAGAUAAACAGUUAUGUUGUAAAUAUAUGUUAGAAACUGUCAGUAAUUAUUGUGCUUACAUUGAAGUGUGUGAUACUAAUGAUUUAAUAAUAGAAUUUAGGAAUUGUUCAAAUGUAUUUGUUAACGAAAUUAUUAAAUUAUUAAAUUGGUUUAGUCUUGAAGAAAAUCUUGUGCCGGUUACCGAUGAAAUUAUAUUUUAUAUGUCUGCUGUAAAAUAUAUAUUAGAAACGUUAAAUAUAAACUAUAUUUCUGAUAUAUUUUUUCCUCUAACAAAAAUUUUAUAUAUUGUCUCCGAUUUCAAAGAUGAAAUUAUAGAAUUGUUUGAUACAGUUGUCGAAUUAGAAUGUUACCUAUGUGUUCAUAGUACUCAGGAAGAUUUGUACAGAGAUUUUAAGCAUUUUCCAAAAAAUAGAGCUAAAAAAAUUUUAGCUAUACUGUAUGAAAAUCAACACAAGUUUAACUUCAGUCUCAAUUUGAAUUAUGUUCAGGAUAAAUUUAAAUAAAUAAUGUAUUAUACUGGAAACAAAAUAUUGUAGUUAUGUGUCACAAAUUAACUGGUAAUAUUUUAAUCAGAAGCUAAUUUUUA